CUUUUUAUUAUCUAUGCAUAAUUUUUUUUUAUCACUAACAUUCACAAAAUGUGUUGUGCUGCCAUAAAAGUUAAACUUACACAGCAUUAUUAAUAUUUUAAAAUAACAUUGCAGUCUUUUCUCAUUUUUUUUUUCUUUUUCUUUUUGUGUUCAUGUGCCUUAUUGUUUUCUCUCCUUACAUGUUUCUUCUCUUUCCAGCAGUUUUUCAUUGUGCUAUGUUACCAAGUUAUCCGGAGCUGCUAAUUGAUUUCAGAAUUCAGCAAGUGGCUGUGUUUUGUUUAUUUAUUAUGUACUUUAUAGAUCCCAGUUUUUAUAAAUUCAUUCUUUUUAAAAUAUGAACCUUAAAGUUUUAAGUGUAUCCUAUAGUUAAAUCAUUUUGUAUUUGUUCAGUUUAUCAUAGCCCCUCUUCAUUAGUAACUCUUGAAAAAAGAAACAAAGAAAGAAAAUUGAUACAUGUAUCAAUUUUUUGAUGAAUUUUUACAAAAAAAUAUGAACACAAUACAACAAUAAUAGUGAUGAUAAUUUUUAAAUAUAAGGAAUCAGUUUCAAUCUUAUGUGUUCUAUUUAUUUUAUUUCAGGUGGUACAACUAAAGCUCAGUGGGAAGAUGUUACAGGUUCAACACCACUCACAUUUGUUAACGACUGUGUAUCGUUUACAACCACAGUUUCUGCACGGUUUUGGCUAAUGGAUUGCAGACAGGUAAACGAAGCAACAAGGUUUGCCACAGAAUUGUACAAAGAAGCUAUUCAUGUGCCUUUCAUGGCAAAGUUUGUUGUAUUCGCUAAGCGAUAUGAUCCAAUGGAGGCACAUUUAAGAGUAUUUUGUAUGACAGAUGACAAAGAAGAUAAGACAUUAGAAUCACAGGAACAUUUUGUUGAAGUAGCAAAAAGCAGAGAUGUUGAGGUUUUAGAAGGUAAAUGCCAAUAUCUAGAAUUUGCAGGAAACUUAAUUCCAGUAACAAAAUCAGGGGAGCAACUAUUCCUUGCUUUCCAAGCAUUUAGAGAAAAUCGAUUACCAUUUUUAAUAAGGGUAAAAGAUACACAUCAAGAACCAAUGGGAAGAUUAGCAUUUAUGAGAGAACCUAGAGUUGGAAGAGGAGAACCACCACAAUCUCCUAUAUGUAAUCUCAAUAUUGCUUUGCCUGAUGUAUGCAAGGUUGAUUCUACAAUGGUAAAUGAACUAGUCACGGUGGAGAAGAAAUAUGGUUUUAUUGAAGAAAGUGGGCUAUCAAAACCGGAAUUAAUACAUAGAGCUGAUCUUAGGUUAUCAGAUAUAGCUAAACAGUUAAAGGAUGACUGGGUACCAUUAGCAUUACAAUUAGAUGUUCCUGAAUCUGAUAUUAACACAAUAAAAUCUGAACACUCUGAUGUUAACCAACAAGCAAUUGUAAUGCUGAGGUUAUGGAUGCAGAAAGCAGGAAAUAAAGCAAAUGGCAAUACUCUUGAGAAGGCUCUUAGAAAGAUUAAUAGAGAAGAUAUAAUUAGCAAUUGCAUGUUUAAUGUUGAACUAGUUACAGAUGAUGUUGAGAAAGCUGUAGCUAAAGUACAUCUUGAUCAAUCAGGUUUUGAUGCAUUUAAGGAAGAACUUGGACCUUCUAGAGAUGCUUCUUUAAGAAGAGAAACAUCUCUUGAAAUAUCUUAUGAUGAACAAGAUUUAAUGAAGGAGGCUGAAUCAGCAGCAGAAACUAGUAGUGAAUCAGGAUCAGUUUGUGAGAAAGAUCUUCACACAAAAGAAGGAAAGAAACUUCCAUCACCAAUUGAAGUUAUAAAACAAGACAGUUUGAUUGAAGAUGUGACAAAAAAAGAUAAAGAACAGCCUGAAGUUAAAGUAGAACCAAUUAUUGUAGAUUCAAGUAAAUCAUUAACUGAAACAGUUUCUAAAGAAGUUGAAAUUUCUAAAAUCUCAGAAAUAACUUCCAAGGAAGUAUCUGAGAAAAGUCCAGAAGAAAUAUCUAUCAAAGUUUCUGAAGAUAUAGCUAAAACUGUUGAAGAGCCUGAAGAAAUUUCAAGUGAAAUUUCUGAAGAAGUACUGGAGAAAAUCUGCAGAGAAGUUCCAGAGAAGGCUUCUGAUGAAAUUUUUGAAAAAGUGAAAGAAAUUUCUGAGAGAACUUAUGAAGAAGGACCUCCAUUAUUGUCUUCAGAAAAAAUUCCUGAAGAUCUUUCUAAAAAAAUAUCAAAUGAAAUUUCAGAAGAAUUAUUUGAAAAAAUUAGCAGAGGAAUUCCUGAAAAAGAUGCAGAAGAAAGUGUUAAAAAAACAGAAGUUUUUGAAAAAAUAUCACAUAUUUCACCUUCCAAGGAUAUUAGUGAAGAAGCUUAUGAAGAAAUUCAAGAAGAGAUAUUUAAAAAAGUUAUCAAACAUGAACCUGAAAAAGUAUCAGAAGAAGUUUUUAAAAAGCUAUCUGAUGAUAAUUUAAGUGAUAAGUUAUCUGAUUAUUCAAGCUCACAAAUUAUUAUUAAAGAUGAAAAGGAUGUUCAAGAUAAAACUUCACCAGAACACAUGAAGGAAGAAACAGUUACCAAAUUAGUUAUUACUAAAACAGUUACAGAUGGAGAUCUUUUAGAAGAUUUGCAACAAGCAUUUCAAGAUAUAAAUGUUUUGCAAUCAUCUGAUGAAGGUAUUUUUUUAAUUUGCAAGGAAUUUUCUGAGUUUAACAUAAAUAUGAGGCUGAAUCAGCAGCAGAAACUAGUAGUGAAUCAGGAUCAGUUUGUGAGAAAGAUCUUCACACAAAAGGUAUCUCAAGUCAAAAAAGGAAAGAAACUUCCAUCACCAAUUGAAGUUAUAAAACAAGACAGUUUGAUUGAAGAUGUGACAAAAAAAGAUAAAGAACAGCCUGAAGUUAAAGUAGAACCAAUUAUUGUAGAUUCAAGUAAAUCAUUAACUGAAACAGUUUCUAAAGAAGUUGAAAUUUCUAAAAUCUCAGAAAUAACUUCCAAGGAAGUAUCUGAGAAAAGUCCAGAAGAAAUAUCUAUCAAAGUUUCUGAAGAUAUAGCUAAAACUGUUGAAGAGCCUGAAGAAAUUUCAAGUGAAAUUUCUGAAGAAGUACUGGAGAAAAUCUGCAGAGAAGUUCCAGAGAAGGCUUCUGAUGAAAUUUUUGAAAAAGUGAAAGAAAUUUCUGAGAGAACUUAUGAAGAAGGACCUCCAUUAUUCAGAGGAAUUCCUGAAAAAGAUGCAGAAGAAAGUGUUAAAAAAACAGAAGUUUUUGAAAAAAUAUCACAUAUUUCACCUUCCAAGGAUAUUAGUGAAGAAGCUUAUGAAGAAAUUCAAGAAGAGAUAUUUAAAAAAGUUAUCAAACAUGAACCUGAAAAAGUAUCAGAAGAAGUUUUUAAAAAGCUAUCUGAUGAUAAUUUAAGUGAUAAGUUAUCUGAUUAUUCAAGCUCACAAAUUAUUAUUAAAGAUGAAAAGGAUGUUCAAGAUAAAACUUCACCAGAACACAUGAAGGAAGAAACAGUUACCAAAUUAGUUAUUACUAAAACAGUUACAGAUGGAGAUCUUUUAGAAGAUUUGCAACAAGCAUUUCAAGAUAUAAAUGUUUUGCAAUCAUCUGAUGAAGAAGGAAAGAAACUUCCAUCACCAAUUGAAGUUAUAAAACAAGACAGUUUGAUUGAAGAUGUGACAAAAAAAGAUAAAGAACAGCCUGAAGUUAAAGUAGAACCAAUUAUUGUAGAUUCAAGUAAAUCAUUAACUGAAACAGUUUCUAAAGAAGUUGAAAUUUCUAAAAUCUCAGAAAUAACUUCCAAGGAAGUAUCUGAGAAAAGUCCAGAAGAAAUAUCUAUCAAAGUUUCUGAAGAUAUAGCUAAAACUGUUGAAGAGCCUGAAGAAAUUUCAAGUGAAAUUUCUGAAGAAGUACUGGAGAAAAUCUGCAGAGAAGUUCCAGAGAAGGCUUCUGAUGAAAUUUUUGAAAAAGUGAAAGAAAUUUCUGAGAGAACUUAUGAAGAAGGACCUCCAUUAUUCAGAGGAAUUCCUGAAAAAGAUGCAGAAGAAAGUGUUAAAAAAACAGAAGUUUUUGAAAAAAUAUCACAUAUUUCACCUUCCAAGGAUAUUAGUGAAGAAGCUUAUGAAGAAAUUCAAGAAGAGAUAUUUAAAAAAGUUAUCAAACAUGAACCUGAAAAAGUAUCAGAAGAAGUUUUUAAAAAGCUAUCUGAUGAUAAUUUAAGUGAUAAGUUAUCUGAUUAUUCAAGCUCACAAAUUAUUAUUAAAGAUGAAAAGGAUGUUCAAGAUAAAACUUCACCAGAACACAUGAAGGAAGAAACAGUUACCAAAUUAGUUAUUACUAAAACAGUUACAGAUGGAGAUCUUUUAGAAGAUUUGCAACAAGCAUUUCAAGAUAUAAAUGUUUUGCAAUCAUCUGAUGAAGGUCAAGUGCUAAGUAUUAAAGAAACCAAAACACCACCACCAUCACCAGCAGAAAAGAAUGCAAAAGGAGAACAGGAAACAUCUGUUCAAGAAAAAAAAGAGGUUUUAGAAGAUGGGACAAUAAAACAUGUUGUUACAACAGUUACUAAAACCACAAUUGUGCAAGAUGGAGAAGAACUUCAAUUGGAUAGAGAUCAAAUUGCAAAAUUAGUUGAAUCGGAAACGUGGCCAUCGGGUGAAAUGGACACUAGCCAAGUUUCUGUUUCGAGUUUGCCAGAAGAUGAAAAAUCUGAACCUACUACAGCAACAAUGUCUAGCGGUACUACAGCUGAACAAGAUAUUUCAUCUGCAGAUGGAGACAAACCUCAAAUAGAAACUCGUGUUGAAGAAAAAGUUAUUCACACAGAAGGAAAGAAACUUCCAUCACCAAUUGAAGUUAUAAAACAAGACAGUUUGAUUGAAGAUGUGACAAAAAAAGAUAAAGAACAGCCUGAAGUUAAAGUAGAACCAAUUAUUGUAGAUUCAAGUAAAUCAUUAACUGAAACAGUUUCUAAAGAAGUUGAAAUUUCUAAAAUCUCAGAAAUAACUUCCAAGGAAGUAUCUGAGAAAAGUCCAGAAGAAAUAUCUAUCAAAGUUUCUGAAGAUAUAGCUAAAACUGUUGAAGAGCCUGAAGAAAUUUCAAGUGAAAUUUCUGAAGAAGUACUGGAGAAAAUCUGCAGAGAAGUUCCAGAGAAGGCUUCUGAUGAAAUUUUUGAAAAAGUGAAAGAAAUUUCUGAGAGAACUUAUGAAGAAGGACCUCCAUUAUUGUCUUCAGAAAAAAUUCCUGAAGAUCUUUCUAAAAAAAUAUCAAAUGAAAUUUCAGAAGAAUUAUUUGAAAAAAUUAGCAGAGGAAUUCCUGAAAAAGAUGCAGAAGAAAGUGUUAAAAAAACAGAAGUUUUUGAAAAAAUAUCACAUAUUUCACCUUCCAAGGAUAUUAGUGAAGAAGCUUAUGAAGAAAUUCAAGAAGAGAUAUUUAAAAAAGUUAUCAAACAUGAACCUGAAAAAGUAUCAGAAGAAGUUUUUAAAAAGCUAUCUGAUGAUAAUUUAAGUGAUAAGUUAUCUGAUUAUUCAAGCUCACAAAUUAUUAUUAAAGAUGAAAAGGAUGUUCAAGAUAAAACUUCACCAGAACACAUGAAGGAAGAAACAGUUACCAAAUUAGUUAUUACUAAAACAGUUACAGAUGGAGAUCUUUUAGAAGAUUUGCAACAAGCAUUUCAAGAUAUAAAUGUUUUGCAAUCAUCUGAUGAAGGUCAAGUGCUAAGUAUUAAAGAAACCAAAACACCACCACCAUCACCAGCAGAAAAGAAUGCAAAAGGAGAACAGGAAACAUCUGUUCAAGAAAAAAAAGAGGUUUUAGAAGAUGGGACAAUAAAACAUGUUGUUACAACAGUUACUAAAACCACAAUUGUGCAAGAUGGAGAAGAACUUCAAUUGGAUAGAGAUCAAAUUGCAAAAUUAGUUGAAUCGGAAACGUGGCCAUCGGGUGAAAUGGACACUAGCCAAGUUUCUGUUUCGAGUUUGCCAGAAGAUGAAAAAUCUGAACCUACUACAGCAACAAUGUCUAGCGGUACUACAGCUGAACAAGAUAUUUCAUCUGCAGAUGGAGACAAACCUCAAAUAGAAACUCGUGUUGAAGAAAAAGAAUGGACUGAAACAGAUGAAUCCGGAGGUGUUAUGCAUGUGAUUUGUAAAAAAACUACAAUAACAAAAGAGCCUGAGGAAAUUAUUAUAACUAAAGGGAAAGUUGAUGCAGAAGCAGUUAGUUUGCCAGGAGAAACCUCAGUUCAACAUCCAGGUGAGGAAGAUAUGGAAUUAACUGUUGAUGAAAAUAAUAUUUCCGAAAAACCAGCAGAUGAGAAAGAAGAAUCAUUAAGUUUUGCAGAAAAAAGAAAUUUCUUUCAGAGACUUUCAAUGACAAAUGAUGUUCCAGUUAGUACUUCAACAGUUGUUAAGACAUCAAAAGAAACAAUUCAAACCGAAUUUCAAAAAACAGGUGAAGUAAUUGAAGAACAGAUUAGUUUUUCAGAAAAAUUAAAGAUGUUUCAAGCUGAAAAAGAGGAUGUAAAAAAACAAUCCCCUGAAAAGGUUAAAGAUGAAAAUGAGCAAAAAUUAUUUGAACUUGAUAAAGAGGAGUUAACAGAAAGUGAAAUUGCUGCAGUUGAAUAUUUAGAAAGCAAAAAUAUAAUGACAGAACAAGAAGUAGAAGAAAGUUCAGGCAAAAAAGACAUAUCAAUAAAAGAAACCACUUCUCUUGAAGCUGUUGAACAGGAAGUUGCAUCUAUGUUAGCUGAAGUUGACAGACAAAGUAAAGAAUUAUUAGGUCAUGUAGUUGGGCUGCUCCCUGAAGGGGACCAGCAUUCAACUAAAUUAGAUAUUUCUGAAACAGAAAAAGAAACAGAUGGAAAAUAUGUUCCACUGGACCUUCAUUAUGCAGUUGAAAAAGAUAUUUCUUCCACUGAAUUUCAGUUUGAAGUGAGUGGAAGAGAUUUAGAUGAAUCACUUGUUUCAGAAUGUAAGCCAAAGCAAUUAGAAAGUAUUGAAACAGAAUCACAUUUAAAAGCUAAUGAAACAGCUAUAUCUCAUCCUCCACCACCUGAUGCUUUUGCUACAACUACCCCAUUUUGGCCACCACAAUCUCCAAGUAAAGUUAGAGAUGAAAGUUUUAUGCCAGAGCAGCAGACCGCUGCAGGCAAGACGACAACUGAAGAUUCUGUACUUCCCUCCCCUUCCAAAGAUUCUCCUAUCCAAGCAAAAACUGUUGGUCUUGAUGAAUCUUCUCAUUCUGUAUUACUUCCAUCCUUUGGCAUGGAUGACGAAAAAUCUUCCUCAAAUGAAAUCAAAGCAAAAAUUACUUCAGAACAGGUUCAUGAUUCAGAAUUUAUUUCAAAAUCUUCUAGUGAGUCUGUGUUCAAAGACUCAGCUCAGAAAGAUGAAUUACAUAUAGAUGAUUCUAAGUUAGCAGAUGAAGAUGAUGAUGAUGAUAUUAAUUUGUUCAAGGAUAAAGAUGAAUAUGAAAUGACUGUUAAUUUAUCUGUAAAAGUUCAGCAGCAAAUAAAAUCACAAAUAUUGAAUGAAGAAUUAGAUCAAUCUAUUGAAGAAAAUCCACCUGAAGAAAAAGUAUUAGGUAUUAGUAAUAUUCCAGAUUUUGAUCAUGAAGAAAAAGUAGCACAGCAAAUAAGAACAACAAUAUUAUCACAGGAAUUAGAAGCAGAUAUUGAAAGUGCUUCUCCAGAACAGAAAGAAUUUCCUGUUCACAGUGCUGCAGUUGAAAGUGGAUUUAAUAUUGAAACUUUAAAAACAUCUGACUAUCUAUUACAAAAUGCUCUUCAACAAGAAACAGAACAAAUUACAUGGGAAACACCUAUUCAAGAAGAAACUGAAACUGUAUUGCAUGAGGAAGUUAAAGAAAUUCCAAGAGAAAAACAAUUGAUUGUAGAACAUGAUGAGGAAGUUAUAUCUGAAGGAGAUGAUGCUAUGAAGGAUACACAGAACAGCGAUUCUAUUUGUCCUACUUCAGAGAGUUCUAUUUCAGAAAAAGAUAAAUUUAAACCCUCAUCAUUAGAACAAGUAUCAUCAGAAAUAUCUGAUGAAGAUCUUGUUGAAAGAGAUCAUUCAUCUUCAGAACUAGAAACUAAACCAAUAAAUAUUUUAAAAGAAGAAAUGGAUUUAAUGAAAAAAGAACUUUUGGAAGAAAAAACUAAAAAGGAAUUAACAUCAGAAGAUUUAUAUAAAAGUUCAGAAACUCAGCUUCAAGAUGAAACACCUACAGAUAAAAAAAGUGAUAUUUUAGAAUCUGAUCAAAUGAAAACAGAACAUGAAAGUCAUACUGAUUCAUACACAUCAGAAAGUUCUGAUUAUACACACAGAGAAACUGAGGUAAAUAGUUCUGGAGCAAUAUCUGAAGAUUCACAUUAUAAAGAUAGGCAAGAUUCUUCAGAAAUAUCAGAUAGGGAAAGUAGUCAACCUCUCUUUGUUACUGCUGAAACCUUAUAUACAACUGAUGGCAGGGAAGAUAAAAGAAGUGAUUCAGAACCUUCAGAUGGAGUCAAGGAUCCUAGUAAUAUUGUUUUAAGACAAAAAUCAGCAUCUAAAAAAGAUAAACAAGGAGGACAAGAGAUGGAAUCAUGGUCUAGUUCUGGUGAAACUGAAAGUCAUUAUUAUUCUUUUGAAACUUCAGAAAGUGGGAAAACAUCUAGAGACACUCCUGCUAUUAGUAGGCCAUGUUCUUCUGAAUUUGAAGUUACAAUUGUAAGUGGUCAGCCAUCUUCUGAAUAUGAAACAUGUGUCACAUCCCAGGAAACUUCCAUUGGAGUAUCUGAAUCUUAUACAACUGCAGUAACAUCCCAAGAAACAUCUUAUUCUACUGCUUGCUCAUCUCUCAGUCAUAGUUCAAGAGAAUCAGCAUAUUCAGUUGAUUCUGAAAGUUCUGGACACUUAGCAAGUUUGGAAUUAUCUUCAGAAACCAGUGAAACACUCGUUCCUUCUGCACAAGAAAUAGAAAUGGAUCUAGUGCAAGAAAUAGAUACACCAGUUUUAGAAGAAGAAAUUGCUGCCCAGGCUGGAUUUAAAGAACCAUAUGAUUCAGAAAUUCCGGAAUGCAUAAUCAGGGAAGGAGUGGAAGUUCCUUUUCUCAAAGAUUGGUCUUUACAAGCAAAUGAAAGUGAUAUAUCUUCAGCAAAAGAAUGGAUUUGGCCUUGUGAAAGAGACAUACAGAUGGUCAUGAGUCCUUUUGAAAUAAUUACAAAUGAUGAUUUAGCAGAAUGUUUACAGGAUCAAGCUGCUCAAGAGCCUUUAUCUGAUUCUGAUAAAGGUUUAUAUGAUGUACAAUCAAAAGAAACAAUUCAAAUAGAUUCGUUAGAAACUAAAUCUGAAAAAAGCGUGGAAGAAGAAAAACUUAUUUCAGAGAUGCAGAAUGAUAAAGCAGAAAGUGAAAAAUAUUUAUUAUGCUCUGAGAGCUCAGAAUUGCCUUCUCAGUCUAUUGAAGCAAUAGAUAAACUGGAAGUUGGAACAGCACUUAGUGAUGAUGUUGCUGAGCAACUUAGUCAUGAUGAACUUUCUAUAUCAGAAAGUUCUGCCACUCAGAGUGAGCAGACUUGGCAGACUUCUAGUAUAGAAACUGCUAUCCAUAUUUCCCAACAGAUGUCCUCCUGUUUUAAGCCUUAUACUGAAACUCCCCCAGUAACUAGAGUAGAUAGCACUGUUUCCGAUGUCACAUUAGAUCUCUCAGGUUCUCCCAUACAUAGUGCCAUUGUUCAAGAUAAUUUACAAUCUGCUCAAGAACCUUCAAUAUAUCAUCAAUUAAAUGGUCCAGUUGAAGUUGAAUACAUUCCUGAAUAUGAUGCUCCUUUUGAUGACAGUAGAGAAAAUAUUUCGGUUCAGAAUGUCCAAGAAACUCAAAUUCAAAAUUAUGAUGCUGAAGGACAGUAUAUGCAAAUAAGUGAUGAUCAAGCAGACUUUAAUUCUGAGAGAUGUUUAUUUCUUGAUUCUGAAGAAAUGGUAACUUCAUCUCAACCUCCAGUUGAAUUUUCUGAACAAUGGAUAUCUGAUGGAGAAGUUCAAGCUCAGGCCAGAGAAGAUAGUUUAUCAUUACUCACAGAAGAUUUAUGGCAACAACAUGUUCAUAGGCAUGAAUCAGAAAUUGAGAAAACACCAGAUAUACAACACGAUGAUAUAGGUGAAACAAAUUGUUUACCAGAAAGUGAACAGAAUGUUCUACAUAGCCAAGGUUUUGUUCAUAUAAAUUCUGAAAUGGUUAAAGAUUAUGAAAUAGAAAAACCAAAGUUAGAAAGUAGAGACUCGUUUGAUAUGACUGAUAAAGCAGAAGCUAUAGAUACCUCCCCUGAAGAUGAAAGAUAUGAUAAUCUUCUCCAUGAUUUAGAUGAACAAAUUUGUGAUGAUGAUUCUAUAAAAGAUAAAACAUCUGAAUCAUUUCAGAAAUUAAGUACGGAUUCUAUUCAGGAUCAAAGAGAGCCUGCAGAUAAAAAUGGCUUAUUGGUUACUAAAGAAACAUUAUAUGAAUCUCAGAAUACAUACUUAUAUAAUAUGGGGUUUGAGAAAGAACUUCCUGAAGAAGUUUUAGAUGUGGCUGAGGAUCAGUUUACUGAAGAGAAAGAUAAAUUGCAGGAUUCUUAUCAAGAAACUGAAUUUGUUGAUGGUGUAUAUGAAAGAGGUCAAGAAUAUGAUGAUGUCAGUCUUGGUUAUGGUGAAUUAUAUACACAUCAAGAAGAAGAUGAAGAAACUGAAGAUGCAGAAAGAGAUGAAAGGCAUUAUAGUCCAGCUGCUGUAUCAAUAGACGAAAGCAAACGAAGUACACCCAGUUAUGAUACUUUAGGUGUUCGUAAAUUUUUUGGUAGAAGUGGAGAGCAUGAUGAUAUGUCUGUGUCAUCAUUACAAGAAUUUGAAAGAUUAGAAGCAGAAAUAGCAAUGGGAUCAAGAAUGAGCCAAGGAUCUGGUGAUUCAAAUGAAAGACAUAGUGUAACAAAAAGUGGAGAACAUGAUGAUGUAUCAAUGAAUUCUUUAAUAGAAUUUGAAAAAUUGGAAACAGAAUGCAUUGAAGUUGAACAUAGUGAAUCAGUACCAGUGGUUGAAAAAUUAUCUGAAAUUGAAGAAGGGCAUGAAAGCUUAUCAGAAGCAAGUCAAGGAACUCUGUCUGAUCAUGCUGCUGAGCAUGAAGAAUCAGAAGAUUCAGAUGAUUAUGAUAAACGAAUGUGUGAAAUUGAUGAAAUUAUUCGGCAAGCUCAAUCUAAUGUUGAAAAAUUUGAUGAUAGUUCAGCUGUACUAAGUUCAGAAAAGUCUCCUGCUAAGCAUGUUCAUACAGUUUCUAGUGAUAGUACAGAGAGUAGUCUUGUUGAUAAAUCACCAUCUCCAAAAAAAUAUCAGGGUUCCUUGAAAGAGACAGAAAGAACACAAAUAUUGCUGGAUACUCAAUUACCAAUUUCACUUGAACGAGAACAAGCUGAACAUGAAUUGGAAAGUCCAGCAACACUUGCCCGACAUAUUAUUAUCGGGAGAACAAUAAGUGGCCAUUCUGUUGAAAGUGGAGAAUCUCUUCCAAGGAGUUCUACAUCAACAGUCACUCAAUAUGAUACAGAGUCUUUAAAAGAUAGAGAAAUAGAUGUGGAAGAGAUUGAUAUUGGCUGUGAAGACAAAAAAAUUUCACCAUCUGAAGAAGAAAAAUAUUUUAUUCAAGAAACUGAUCAAGAUAGUUUUCAAACUGAAUGGAAUCUUCAUGAUUUAGCUGAACAUGGAUCAGAUCAAAUCAAACAAACCUGUGAUACUGAAUUUCAUUCCAUCCCAAAUAUAGAUCAUUUGAAACAGUUACAACCAGUAGAAUUUAGAUUACAAGAUGAUAUUACUAAAGAAACUUUUGAUAUUCAAUGGCAAGAAGAAGAAUCUCAUUUAAGUACAGAAAAUUUGACUGGUGAAGGGGAAAGCAUAAAAGCAGAAACAACAGGUUCAGGUCAUUCUAGUUCAAAUGGAAGAGAUGGAGAACAUGAUAUGAGUGGAAAAGGAGAUUNAAAAGAAGUUAUUAUUAAAUUUUGUUUGACUACAAAGAAUAAGAUUUCAGGUAUUUGGCAGACUUAUCCUUUCCCACUAAUAUUUGUCUUUGCUAACAUUCUAGAAAGUUUUAUGCCAGAGCAGCAGACCGCUGCAGGCAAGACGACAACUGAAGAUUCUGUACUUCCCUCCCCUUCCAAAGAUUCUCCUAUCCAAGCAAAAACUGUUGGUCUUGAUGAAUCUUCUCAUUCUGUAUUACUUCCAUCCUUUGGCAUGGAUGACGAAAAAUCUUCCUCAAAUGAAAUCAAAGCAAAAAUUACUUCAGAACAGGUUCAUGAUUCAGAAUUUAUUUCAAAAUCUUCUAGUGAGUCUGUGUUCAAAGACUCAGCUCAGAAAGAUGAAUUACAUAUAGAUGAUUCUAAGUUAGCAGAUGAAGAUGAUGAUGAUGAUAUUAAUUUGUUCAAGGAUAAAGAUGAAUAUGAAAUGACUGUUAAUUUAUCUGUAAAAGUUCAGCAGCAAAUAAAAUCACAAAUAUUGAAUGAAGAAUUAGAUCAAUCUAUUGAAGAAAAUCCACCUGAAGAAAAAGUAUUAGGUAUUAGUAAUAUUCCAGAUUUUGAUCAUGAAGAAAAAGUAGCACAGCAAAUAAGAACAACAAUAUUAUCACAGGAAUUAGAAGCAGAUAUUGAAAGUGCUUCUCCAGAACAGAAAGAAUUUCCUGUUCACAGUGCUGCAGUUGAAAGUGGAUUUAAUAUUGAAACUUUAAAAACAUCUGACUAUCUAUUACAAAAUGCUCUUCAACAAGAAACAGAACAAAUUACAUGGGAAACACCUAUUCAAGAAGAAACUGAAACUGUAUUGCAUGAGGAAGUUAAAGAAAUUCCAAGAGAAAAACAAUUGAUUGUAGAACAUGAUGAGGAAGUUAUAUCUGAAGGAGAUGAUGCUAUGAAGGAUACACAGAACAGCGAUUCUAUUUGUCCUACUUCAGAGAGUUCUAUUUCAGAAAAAGAUAAAUUUAAACCCUCAUCAUUAGAACAAGUAUCAUCAGAAAUAUCUGAUGAAGAUCUUGUUGAAAGAGAUCAUUCAUCUUCAGAACUAGAAACUAAACCAAUAAAUAUUUUAAAAGAAGAAAUGGAUUUAAUGAAAAAAGAACUUUUGGAAGAAAAAACUAAAAAGGAAUUAACAUCAGAAGAUUUAUAUAAAAGUUCAGAAACUCAGCUUCAAGAUGAAACACCUACAGAUAAAAAAAGUGAUAUUUUAGAAUCUGAUCAAAUGAAAACAGAACAUGAAAGUCAUACUGAUUCAUACACAUCAGAAAGUUCUGAUUAUACACACAGAGAAACUGACGUAAAUAGUUCUGGAGCAAUAUCUGAAGAUUCACAUUAUAAAGAUAGGCAAGAUUCUUCAGAAAUAUCAGAUAGGGAAAGUAGUCAACCUCUCUUUGUUACUGCUGAAACCUUAUAUACAACUGAUGGCAGGGAAGAUAAAAGAAGUGAUUCAGAACCUUCAGAUGGAGUCAAGGAUCCUAGUAAUAUUGUUUUAAGACAAAAAUCAGCAUCUAAAAAAGAUAAACAAGGAGGACAAGAGAUGGAAUCAUGGUCUAGUUCUGGUGAAACUGAAAGUCAUUAUUAUUCUUUUGAAACUUCAGAAAGUGGGAAAACACCUAGAGACACUCCUGCUAUUAGUAGGCCAUGUUCUUCUGAAUUUGAAGUUACAAUUGUAAGUGGUCAGCCAUCUUCUGAAUAUGAAACAUGUGUCACAUCCCAGGAAACUUCCAUUGGAGUAUCUGAAUCUUAUACAACUGCAGUAACAUCCCAAGAAACAUCUUAUUCUACUGCUUGCUCAUCUCUCAGUCAUAGUUCAAGAGAAUCAGCAUAUUCAGUUGAUUCUGAAAGUUCUGGACACUUAGCAAGUUUGGAAUUAUCUUCAGAAACCAGUGAAACACUCGUUCCUUCUGCACAAGAAAUAGAAAUGGAUCUAGUGCAAGAAAUAGAUACACCAGUUUUAGAAGAAGAAAUUGCUGCCCAGGCUGGAUUUAAAGAACCAUAUGAUUCAGAAAUUCCGGAAUGCAUAAUCAGGGAAGGAGUGGAAGUUCCUUUUCUCAAAGAUUGGUCUUUACAAGCAAAUGAAAGUGAUAUAUCUUCAGCAAAAGAAUGGAUUUGGCCUUGUGAAAGAGACAUACAGAUGGUCAUGAGUCCUUUUGAAAUAAUUACAAAUGAUGAUUUAGCAGAAUGUUUACAGGAUCAAGCUGCUCAAGAGCCUUUAUCUGAUUCUGAUAAAGGUUUAUAUGAUGUACAAUCAAAAGAAACAAUUCAAAUAGAUUCGUUAGAAACUAAAUCUGAAAAAAGCGUGGAAGAAGAAAAACUUAUUUCAGAGAUGCAGAAUGAUAAAGCAGAAAGUGAAAAAUAUUUAUUAUGCUCUGAGAGCUCAGAAUUGCCUUCUCAGUCUAUUGAAGCAAUAGAUAAACUGGAAGUUGGAACAGCACUUAGUGAUGAUGUUGCUGAGCAACUUAGUCAUGAUGAACUUUCUAUAUCAGAAAGUUCUGCCACUCAGAGUGAGCAGACUUGGCAGACUUCUAGUAUAGAAACUGCUAUCCAUAUUUCCCAACAGAUGUCCUCCUGUUUUAAGCCUUAUACUGAAACUCCCCCAGUAACUAGAGUAGAUAGCACUGUUUCCGAUGUCACAUUAGAUCUCUCAGGUUCUCCCAUACAUAGUGCCAUUGUUCAAGAUAAUUUACAAUCUGCUCAAGAACCUUCAAUAUAUCAUCAAUUAAAUGGUCCAGUUGAAGUUGAAUACAUUCCUGAAUAUGAUGCUCCUUUUGAUGACAGUAGAGAAAAUAUUUCGGUUCAGAAUGUCCAAGAAACUCAAAUUCAAAAUUAUGAUGCUGAAGGACAGUAUAUGCAAAUAAGUGAUGAUCAAGCAGACUUUAAUUCUGAGAGAUGUUUAUUUCUUGAUUCUGAAGAAAUGGUAACUUCAUCUCAACCUCCAGUUGAAUUUUCUGAACAAUGGAUAUCUGAUGGAGAAGUUCAAGCUCAGGCCAGAGAAGAUAGUUUAUCAUUACUCACAGAAGAUUUAUGGCAACAACAUGUUCAUAGACAUGAAUCAGAAAUUGAGAAAACACCAGAUAUACAACACGAUGAUAUAGGUGAAACAAAUUGUUUACCAGAAAGUGAACAGAAUGUUCUACAUAGCCAAGGUUUUGUUCAUAUAAAUUCUGAAAUGGUUAAAGAUUAUGAAAUAGAAAAACCAAAGUUAGAAAGUAGAGACUCGUUUGAUAUGACUGAUAAAGCAGAAGCUAUAGAUACCUCCCCUGAAGAUGAAAGAUAUGAUAAUCUUCUCCAUGAUUUAGAUGAACAAAUUUGUGAUGAUGAUUCUAUAAAAGAUAAAACAUCUGAAUCAUUUCAGAAAUUAAGUACGGAUUCUAUUCAGGAUCAAAGAGAGCCUGCAGAUAAAAAUGGCUUAUUGGUUACUAAAGAAACAUUAUAUGAAUCUCAGAAUACAUACUUAUAUAAUAUGGGGUUUGAGAAAGAACUUCCUGAAGAAGUUUUAGAUGUGGCUGAGGAUCAGUUUACUGAAGAGAAAGAUAAAUUGCAGGAUUCUUAUCAAGAAACUGAAUUUGUUGAUGGUGUAUAUGAAAGAGGUCAAGAAUAUGAUGAUGUCAGUCUUGGUUAUGGUGAAUUAUAUACACAUCAAGAAGAAGAUGAAGAAACUGAAGAUGCAGAAAGAGAUGAAAGGCAUUAUAGUCCAGCUGCUGUAUCAAUAGACGAAAGCAAACGAAGUACACCCAGUUAUGAUACUUUAGGUGUUCGUAAAUUUUUUGGUAGAAGUGGAGAGCAUGAUGAUAUGUCUGUGUCAUCAUUACAAGAAUUUGAAAGAUUAGAAGCAGAAAUAGCGAUGGGAUCAAGAAUGAGCCAAGGAUCUGGUGAUUCAAAUGAAAGACAUAGUGUAACAAAAAGUGGAGAACAUGAUGAUGUAUCAAUGAAUUCUUUAAUAGAAUUUGAAAAAUUGGAAACAGAAUGCAUUGAAGUUGAACAUAGUGAAUCAGUACCAGUGGUUGAAAAAUUAUCUGAAAUUGAAGAAGGGCAUGAAAGCUUAUCAGAAGCAAGUCAAGGAACUCUGUCUGAUCAUGCUGCUGAGCAUGAAGAAUCAGAAGAUUCAGAUGAUUAUGAUAAACGAAUGUGUGAAAUUGAUGAAAUUAUUCGGCAAGCUCAAUCUAAUGUUGAAAAAUUUGAUGAUAGUUCAGCUGUACUAAGUUCAGAAAAGUCUCCUGCUAAGCAUGUUCAUACAGUUUCUAGUGAUAGUACAGAGAGUAGUCUUGUUGAUAAAUCACCAUCUCCAAAAAAAUAUCAGGGUUCCUUGAAAGAGACAGAAAGAACACAAAUAUUGCUGGAUACUCAAUUACCAAUUUCACUUGAACGAGAACAAGCUGAACAUGAAUUGGAAAGUCCAGCAACACUUGCCCGACAUAUUAUUAUCGGGAGAACAAUAAGUGGCCAUUCUGUUGAAAGUGGAGAAUCUCUUCCAAGGAGUUCUACAUCAACAGUCACUCAAUAUGAUACAGAGUCUUUAAAAGAUAGAGAAAUAGAUGUGGAAGAGAUUGAUAUUGGCUGUGAAGACAAAAAAAUUUCACCAUCUGAAGAAGAAAAAUAUUUUAUUCAAGAAACUGAUCAAGAUAGUUUUCAAACUGAAUGGAAUCUUCAUGAUUUAGCUGAACAUGGAUCAGAUCAAAUCAAACAAACCUGUGAUACUGAAUUUCAUUCCAUCCCAAAUAUAGAUCAUUUGAAACAGUUACAACCAGUAGAAUUUAGAUUACAAGAUGAUAUUACUAAAGAAACUUUUGAUAUUCAAUGGCAAGAAGAAGAAUCUCAUUUAAGUACAGAAAAUUUGACUGGUGAAGGGGAAAGCAUAAAAGCAGAAACAACAGGUUCAGGUCAUUCUAGUUCAAAUGGAAGAGAUGGAGAACAUGAUAUGAGUGGAAAAGGAGAUUGCAUGGUUUCUAGCACUGACUCAAUUGACCCGAGCAGUUCUACUGCAACUCAUGCAACUUAUCAGUUUGAAACUGAUUCAGUUAUGUCAUCAAGUAUUAACAGUGCUCAAGCAUCUGGAGAAGAAUUUACUAUGAUAUCAAGUACAGACACUUUAGAAGCGGAAACGAAAGUAACUCAUGUAAAUGAACUUGCUUUUGAAGAAAUACCUGAAGCACCACAUGCUGAAGAAGAAAUAUUAUUAGGAGGUGAUAAAACUGAAUCAAUGUCAGUUGAACAAUCUGUAACAAUACAGAUAGGAACUGAAGAAUAUGAAUCUUUACCUCAGGAAGUAAAAGAUAAAGUAAAUAAAAUGUUAGCUGCUUCAGAAGUUGAUCCUGAAAUAUCAGAAUUUCCUGCCAGUGAUACAUCUUUUUGUGAAAGUGGAGUAGUUACAAUUAGAAAAAUUGUUAAAACUCAAAUAACUUCUGAACAGCAAGUAGAAAAAACAGAAUUUCCAAUACAAAAAGAUAUUACUCUUGAUUCAACUUUUCAGUCAGAAAUAAAGGAAAAGGAAGGGGAGGAAAAACAGCCUAUUCCAUCGCACUCUUCUAUUUCCUCAGAAAUGUUCCAUGAUGAUCUUCAGACAUUUAACAAGAAUACUUCCUCCAUGCCAGAGGGUACAGAUUCUUCCCUGAAUUAUCCUUGUUCUCCUGUUACCUCUGCUGUUCCUCAGACUGUUAGUUCUGACUAUGACAUAGAUGAACCAUCAACUUUACAUAAGGAUACUGAUGAAAGUACUGCUGUCUCUCAUGGGAUUGGUCCAGCAACAGGUAGCUAACAGACAAUGGUAUAGAUAUUAUGUGCAGUCUUUUUCGUCCAUUCUACAAUAUGUAACUAGAA